AUGAAGCUGUCUCUAGUGCCACUCUCAUUUCUGGUUGCUGCCGCCGUCGCUCAGGACGACGAUGAACCCCGAGGCGAGCAGCGGCCAAAGGUACCCCCUAUGCUCGAGUCUGUUACUUCAGCCGGAUGUUACAAAUCCAAGGGCGACUGGGAAGACUUCACCAUCCCGCUCUUCCUCAGCUCUGGCUCUUGCUCAGACUUGUGUAUUGAGGAGGAAGCCCUCAUUUCCGCUAUGGGUGAAGGGCUGUGCUGGUGUGGCAACACCAUGCCUCCCAAGGACGACCUUGUGGACGACGAAAACUGCAAUCACCCAUGCCCCGGAUUUCCCGAGGAGGCCUGCGGAGGCAUCGAGGAUGGCGUGUUCUGGUCGGUGUACAACAACGGCCUUCGGCUUGUCGUUCCCCACGAAGAGGCCGAAGAGUCACCCACGUCCACGGCCACGUCACCGACGAGCACCAGAGGUUCCACUCCCUCCUCCGCGACCGCAUCCGGAUCUGCCGCAGCAAGCCAGGGUGCCCAGGACGACGACGAGGAGGAGGGGGACGAUGAAGGCGACGGCGAAGGCGGUCCUAACGUCGCUGCCAUUGCAGCUGGGGUGUCGGUUGGUGUUGCCGUCAUUCUCGGCCUCCUUGGUUUCGGUUUCUGGUUCAUGCGCCGUAGGAGGAACCAGUCCAUCGAAGAGGAACACCGUCGCAACGCCGCCGUCAACUCGUUCAUUGCUGGCGCAAAGCCUCCCGGUAGCAGCGGCGGCGUCUCCAUGACCGAUUCCCGCAUGGACCCCGUCCUAGCUCACCGCCGGUUGAGCGACGGUAGCAUCGCCGACAACCAAGAUUACUCGCGCAAGAUCCUCCGGGUCACCAACGCAUGA